GCGAUGGAAGGGCAGAGGGCCCUGGAGAGGACGCUGGACGCCCGGGUGAAAGAGAGCCUGGGCUCUCUGGAAGAUGCCAAGAGGGGGAAGGCCACGGCGGAAGAGAAGCUCUCGGCCUGGGAGAGGCGGCUGCAGGGCCUGGAGGCCGAGGCCGAGUCGCUGAGGCAGAAGCACCAGCGGGAGAUCUCGGAGUACCAGGAGCAGGUCAAGCAGCACGCCAGGACCAUCGUGCAGCUGGAGAAGAGGCUGCCCAGCGCUGCCACCCAGCCGCCGGAGGAGGAACGUGGGCCCCGGCCGAGAGGGGAGCUGAGUGAGAAGCAGAAGGCGGAGCUGGAGGAGAAGAGGGGCCUCGUGCAGAGCCAGGCCCGAGAACUCGGCCUCCUGCGGGAGAAGCUGUCGGAGUCCUCCAGGAUGCUGGGCCAGAGGGAGAACCACCUCCAAGCCACCACCGAGGAGCUGAAGAGGGCCCGGGAGAAGGCGAAGGAGCUGCUGGAGGAGGCGAAGGCCGCCCAGAGGGCCAGGCUUCUGCAGCACAAGGGCGUGCAGACUGCGGGGGCCCUGCAGGACCAGCCCCACCCGGCUGCCAAGGAGCCCCCCCUCUUGUCCCUGGCCGACCUGGGGGCCCGGUGCAAAGGCUCCCGCCACGAGGAGGUCAUCCAUCGGCAGAAGGAGACCCUGGCCGAGCUGCGCAAGAAGCUCCGGAAACUGGAGAAGGAGGCCAGAAGCUCGGAGCCACUCCUGGUCGUGCAGAGAGGGCCGGCAGAGAAGCCAGAGCAGGCGAGGGAGAAGGACCCGGUGGCGGUGCUGACGGUGGCCAUGGGUGCCCACCAGCCUCCAGCCGGGCCCUCCAGCUUCGACCCCAACGAGGCCACUGAGAGGAACGCCAGGCUGGAGAUGGCGGAGGCGCUGGACCUCAGCGAGAACCUGUACCUCAGCCUCGUGCGGGGCCUCUCCAGCCUGAUGGACGUGGAGCAGCUGAUGGGCUUGCGGACGCUCAAGCACCUGCCCCAGGCCGAGCGGCAGAAGGUGGGCCUGCUGCGCCACAAGGACCUGGACCUGCUGCUGGACAGGAUCGGGAAGCUGAAGAGCCGCCUGGAGAGGAAGGAGUCCCUGCUGAAGGAGUACGAGGAGGAGGAGCAGGAGCAGGGGGGCUCCGGGCCCUUCAGGGGCAAGAGGCACAGCCUGCAGGCCUGCCAGUCGGAGGUGGCCAGGCUGUCCGACCAGGUGCACCGGGACACGGAGGAGAAGGCGCUGCUGAAGGAGGCGCUGGAGAGGAUGCGGCUGCAGCUGAGCAAGGAGAAGAGGCUGAACAAGGCCCUCAAGAGGCCCAAG